UUGGGUAACAAACAGAGACCUCGCGGACUCCACUGGUGCUGACCCGACUGUGCAAUCAUGAUGCCGCUCUUCGCCAUUCUCCUGGCCGUCCUCUGCUGCAGCCACCACCACUGCUCGGCUGCGCCUUCCUCCGAGCCUCCGCCAGUCACGGAAAACGCGCAGCCCUCCUCUUACACGUUCCCACCCUACUGGGUCGACGAACUGUUCGGCGGGGGCCCGGGCGAUCGCGAGGAAGUGUUCGGGACCGACGAACCGAGCUCGCCCGAAGGCGAAGUCACCACGCCGGAUCCGGGGUUGUUUGUUGAGUACGAAGGUUCGGCAGACUGGGAGGGGUCGGGAUCAGGGUUUCAGCCCAUCCCAAGAGUUCCCUGCCCGCCGCGCAGGGACAAGGAGGGAGACACGUGGGUGGAGUUUGAGAAGUGCCGGACCUGCACCUGUAGCUACGGAGAGGCCGUCUGUACAAGGUGUAUCCCAGCGACAGAAGACCGAGACGUUUUCUUCUACAAGGAGUUAGUAUCCCGGCACUGCUACCUGGAGACUGUAGCGGAGGUGGUGGACCACGCGCCGGACGCCUGCUGCGCCGAGAGACAGGUGUGUCAGUACAUCAGCCCAGACUUUCUGGACUACAGCUACCACGAGUACGGGCGCAGGGUCAACUACAUGCUCAUCUACAACCACGGGGACUAUGAUCUCGCAGACAUGUUCUACUGAUGAGCACCUCACCACAGCCAUACUGCACUGAUGCACACAAUCUUAAAAGUAAAUGCAGUUCAUAAUAAUCAGAAAUGUAACUUGAAAAAAAAAGAAAGACAUAACUCUAUGGUCAUAAUGAACAUUGUUUAUGAGGUGGACACAGCAUGAGAAGUGCUGAGGGUUCAAGCAAUAGUCCUCAUGUGUCUCCAAAGUCACACUGUCUUUGAUUCUUAUGAUACAUUGUACUUUUAGCUCAGGUGUUUGAGAGACUACGACCUCGCAGACAUGUUCUACUGAACACGUCACCAAAGCCAUACUCCACUGUCAGGGCUAGAAAUACUUUUUUCCUGCAUACAUGUACAUUUAUGUACCUGCAUUGGUGCAGGUAAUGUUGAAACUUACCUGCACCAGAUAAAUUUACCUGCACCACUCAGAAUUUAGGAAGUACGGAUCACAAUAAAAAAUAACAGUUCGGAAACCA